AUGACUAUUCCUGUCUCCCAACCGGCCCUUCCGGCCGUCCCAGGCACCCAACCAGACCUCUUGCCGAGCGCGCCACCCCGGGUCCCGGUCUCGAAGCUGUUUCCGAAGGGGAACUAUCCAUGCGGAGAGGAGAGCGAGUAUGUGGGCGAGAACAGCUACCGGACGACGAGUGCGGAGAAGCGGGAGCUGGAGCGGCUAGCCGCGCAAGAGGACGAGGAGUCUCCGGAGAACUACAGCGCGAUCCGGCGGGCGGCCGAGGUGCAUCGCCAGGUCCGUCGCUACGUCCGCCAGACCGUCAGGCCCGGGAUGACGAUGACGCAGAUUGCCGAGAUGGUCGAGGACGGCACCCGGGCCCUCGUCGAGGCCGACGGCUUGCAGCGCGGAAUCGGCUUCCCCACCGGCGUCUCGCUCAACCAUUGCGCCGCCCAUUACACCCCCAACGCCGGCGACUCCAUCGUCCUGGCUGCCGAUGAUGUCUUGAAAGUCGACUUCGGCGUCCAGGUCGGCGGCCGCAUCGUCGACUCCGCCUUCACGAUGACGUUCAAUGACAAGUACGACAAGCUGCUCGAAGCCGUCCGCGCGGCCACCAACACUGGCGUCCGAGAAGCUGGGAUCGACGCUCGACUGUGUGAUAUCGGGGCCAGUAUCCAAGAGACCAUGGAGGCUUACGAGGUCGAGGUGGACGGCAAAGUGCACAAAGUCAAGGCGAUCCGGAACCUGACCGGCCACAACAUCCUGCCCUACCACAUCCACGGGGGCAAAUCGGUGCCGAUCGUCGCCAACUCGGACGAGACGGCGAUCAUGGAAGAGGGCGACCAUUUCGCGGUCGAGACCUUCGGGAGCACCGGGCGGGGAUACGUGAUGGACGAUGGCGAGUGCUCGCAUUACGCCAAGGCGCCGGACGUCAACAAACCCAUCCGACUCGCUAGGGCCAAGACUUUGUUGAAUACUAUCAACAAAAACUUCGAUACCUUGCCGUUCUGUAAGCGCUACCUCGACCGUCUGGGCGAGUCGCGGUACUACGCUGCGCUCGAUAACCUUGUCAAUCUGGGCAUCGUCCAGGCCUAUCCCCCACUCAGUGAUAUCCAGGGUUGCAUGACCGCUCAAUACGAACACACCAUCAUCUUGCGACCUACGUGCAAGGAAGUCGUCAGUCGAGGUGACGACUAUUAG